UGUAGAACGAAUGUGCAAUAUAAAAACAACUUUACCGCAGUCGUGCUUUUAAGUUUGUCUCUCGUCACUUCUGUACAGAUUGUCUGGAUGGAAGGUGAGCCGUUACUGGCGGGGAGCAUAAACCGGGGUUCAUGUGACUAUGGAUCUCACGAUAGUGGUCAACAACAUGAAGAAUCGCCAAGAUUAAGACGACUGUCCCGUCACAUUGAAGAGGAUGGAGACCUCUAUAUUCAACAGGCGGUUGUAUUUAUUGAGGAUGCAAUUCAGUAUCGAUCCAUCAAUCACAGGGUUGACUCUGGAUCCUUGCGAUUAUAUCGAUGGUAUUACUCCAGCAUAUGUCAGUGGGGUCUGGGGUUCACCAUUGCCAUUGUGCUGGCUCUGGCCUUCAUUGAGAGACCCUCCUCUCUGACCUACACCUCGGACAUACGUUUCAAACCCCAGCCCUGGCAGCCGCCAUGUGGACUGACGGAGGGUAUCGAGAUGGUCUGCCUUUGUGUCUUCAUCCUAGACGUCACAGUGAAGAGCUAUCUGAUAGGAUGGGAGGAGUUUCAGAUGAAUAAAUGGCUGAUUGGCUAUGUAAUAGUCAUUGCAGCAUCAGUUAUUGAUUGGAUGUUGAGUGUUAGCAUGAUGUGCAAUGAGAGUUUAAGAGUCAGACGACUGAUUCGCCCAUUUUUCCUCUUGCAAAACUCCUCUCUCAUGAAGAAAACUCUAAAAUGUGUCAAAAGAACUCUUCCAGAGAUAGCAAGUGUUAUCCUACUUCUUGCGCUACACCUUUGCUUAUUCACCAUGACUGGAAUGCUGAUCUUUGCUGAAUCAGAUGACCCUAAGAAGAAUGGAGAAUGGAAAACAUAUUUCAAAAACCUGCCACAGGCCUUGUCCUCUCUGCUAGUGCUGCUCACCACAGCCAACAACCCUGAUGUCAUGAUUCCAGCGUACUCUCUGAACCGCGGCUAUUCAAUAUUUUUCAUUCUCUUUAGUGUGUUUGGAACUUAUUUACUGAUGAAUUUAAUGACUGCUAUUAUUUAUAACCAGUUCAGAGGAUAUCUUUUGAUGUCAGUUCAGACAUCUAUAAUUCGGAGGCAUCUGGGUAUCCGUGCUGCUUUUGAGGUGCUGUGCUGUCCAGGACGAGGACACACCAGUAGUCAGUCUGAAGGCCAUGUGGAGCGAGUGGCAGUAAACACCUUUCUGCAGGUCAUGGGUAGAGUUCACAUGAAGUCAUAUCACAGACAAGCUAUCAUUAAGGCUGCUCAACGGUUCCCAGACGGCUUCAUCGACGGCAAGGCCUUCCAGAGGCUCUUCAGUGAGCUGGACAAGGACUUUCUCAAAGAGCAUCCGCCAAAGCCAGAGUACAUAUCUUCAGUCAUGCAGCAAAUCCAGUAUAUCUUCAGUCACUACUAUAUUACUGUGUUUGGAAAUGUUGUCACUUUGGCUAAUGUCUUGGGCAUCUGUACCAUCUUGGUUCUGGAUUCAGAGAAAUCCUCAUCAGAGAGAGAUAACUACUACAUAGAGAUCAUCAACUGUGCUUUCAUUAUCUACUAUUUAAUAGAGAUGUUACUGAAAAUAGUGGCUUUUGGUUGGAAAGGUUAUCUGUCUUAUACUAGUAAUAUAUUUGAUGGAUUCCUCACUGUUCUCCUGCUGUCCCUUCAGAUUGCCACAUUCAUCACAUACAGAAUUCCCGACUCUAAAGUGGAUCCGGUUCCACAGCAUGUGAUGUCUUUGUGGGAGAUGGUUCGAUUGGUCAACAUGUUGAUUGUUUUCCGCUUCCUCAGGAUAAUUCGAGAAAUCAAGUUGAUGGCUGUGAUGGCCAGCACUCUUGUAGACAUGGUGAAGAAUUUACGGGCAUUUGCUGGUAUUCUAUUGGUGGUAUACUAUGUGUAUGCAGUUCUUGGUAUCUGGCUUUUCCAGGGAGCUAUAACCGCCCCAACAAAUAUGAGUGAGAACUCCAGCUUGGAGAAUGUCACAGGUGCCUUUACCAUGGAUUGUGGCUCUUUCGAACAACUGGAGUACUGGCCAAACAACUUUGAUGAUUUUGCUGCCUCUUUGGUCCUGCUUUAUAACAUCAUGGUGGUGAAUAACUGGCAUGUUUUCACAGAUGCGUACACCAGAUACACUACAGAGUGGUCUUUGGUGUACUUUGUGGCUUGGUGGUUAACAUCGUCAGUCAUGUGGGUCAACUUGUUUGUGGCCCUUAUUUUGGAGAACUUCACAUAUAAAUGGGACCGCAGUAAUGCGUUGUCUGUUGGGGAAGUGGAGAGGAUCGUCUACCAAAGCACGGUGCAGCUGAUGUUCAGAGAGCAUGUCCAAGAGCCGACAGAAGAAGAAUUACUAGCUAAACUCCAACAACACCCUCAUCUCCACCUCGGCUGGUGACCCUCAGCACAUACACCCUAAUUUUCAUCUCAUGUGAUGCCUUUUAUACAUACAAGGACAUAAUUGCACCAAAACACACCCAGAAUCCUCCAGGACUCCAUCACGUCUGUGUAGGCCUCAUGUUUACAUAUCCAUCAAUUUCUGAGGACCUGUUUUCCAUUAUGGGCUCUGUGGUGCUUCAGGUUUGCCUGGGAAAGGAUACAUGUGGAACUUCAGAGAUCUUGUUUUAUGCUCAAGACAUUAGUAUUCAGUUAGCACUAUCAGUACGAAUAUUUUUUGUUUUGUGAGAAAGCAAUCACAUUUUCGUAAUACAAUAAUGAUACCGUAUGUUCCUUAAUUUAUUUUGGUGAGCCUGUUACAGUCUGAAAAAUGCAGAAAUGAAUUAUUUUAAAACCAUUGAAAACAAAGGGAUUGUGUUAAAUGCAAUAUUGUUUUAGCUGUUUUAUUAAGUCCUAGAUUCUAGUUUUGACUGUGUGCCAUAUCUGCUUUUAUUUACAAUUUACUGUGUAUUUUUCUGGAAUUUGAAUAUGCCAUUUACAUUUCAUUGACCUUGGUUAUUGUUGUAACUCUCAGCAGGGAGCAUAGUGGCACAGUAGCUAUAUUUACAAAGUUGUAGUUUAGUUAUCAACAGGUUUUGCUGUACAUUUUUACAUAAAAUUUGCCAAAAAAAAAAAAAAAAAGGUUGAGUUAGACCACUGCGUUUUCUUUCUUUUUGAGUACGUGUUACAUGGGCUCUGUAAUUUGUCUACAGGCAAAUCAUGUUUUUAGGUUUUAGUUUUCUGGAGCAUGCUUUACAUCAGACAAACUAUAGAUGACAUAACAUAUUACCAUAAAAGCACACAGACAUAUAUUGUACUUUAGUUCUUACAUAACUAUCCCAUUACCCUGUAGCCUAGUUGGGAAAAAUCCCAGGUGAUCCU